CACUUCACUUCCCUUCCCCGGCAAUCCAGUCCAGUCCUUCGCUUCGUGUUUGCAAUGAAGGGCGUGGGGUCCGAUUGCGGUGGAUACGAACGGCCCUGAGCUAAGCAUGGAGGCCUUUACCUUUACUGUUUCCACUCAGGUGGAUUUCCCAAUCCAUGUAAAGAUUGGCUCGUUAGAAGGAAAGCAGAAACAACUGCCUUUUUCCGUGCUUUUGAAGCGACCUGAAUUGCGACACAUCGGUUCCGCGCAGAACCCUGUCUCUGACCUUUUCGUGACGGUCCAACUGUGGUCAGAUUCCAAAGCGCUAGGAGUUCCUCUACAGACCUCAUACAAGGCCUUCAAGUCCGCUCGAUCAUGGAACGAAUGGCUGCAGAUGCCAGUCUCGAUAAAGGAUGCUCCUCUCAAAAGUCAACUGGCUAUCACUGUCUGGGAUCUCUCGCCGUUUGGCGGCGAAGGGGCACGGGGGCAUUACGUACCUUUUGGCGGAACCACUAUACCAUUGUUUGACGAGGACGGAAAACUAAAGAUGGGCAGGCAGAAAUGCAAGGUUUAUCGCCACAGAGCUGCGGACGGUUUCUCGUCGACAACUACGCCGUCAACCCCGCCACCGAAACGUCGAAAGACUAACGCCCCGGAUCCGUUAGGUCCGUCAUCGGAAGAGAUGGAGCUGGAGCGCGUCGAAGUGCUGAUCAAGAAGCAUGAGAUGGGAGAAAUACCGCGCAUUGACUGGAUGGAUCAAAUGGUAUUUCGUCAGCUAGAAAGGUUAAAGCUCAGUGCGGAGGAAGCUGCGAGGAAACGAGCCAUACGUCUGAAAGCCACGAAACAGAAGCGCUCAGAGGAUAGAGGUGGGGAUGGAGAUGACUCAGAUGAUGAUAAUGUUGACGACGAGAAUUUCAUUCUCUAUGUCGACUUUCCGCGCUUUGAUCAUCCCAUCGUCUGGUCGGAUCAUGAAUACCCACCGCCUCCCGUUUCAUCCUAUCCGCAAAGUGCCCCUGCAAAUGCAAAUCCGGCCCUAAAGCCAGCUCCGGAAGUUCGAUUCGGUCCGGGGAUAGAGGGUGCGGAUGGUGGUGGUGUGAUCAGAAUCUACGACCCUGAAGUCGGCCAGACCGGCAACCCAUGUGAGGAUAAGCACCGGAGACUGAUUCGUAGCCAUCGGACUGGCAUUAUGGAUCGUGAUUUGAAGCCAAACCCCAAGAUCCGUGAUGAACUCAACGUGAUUUUAUCGUAUGAGCCAACGCAAGACCUAUCCGCCGAAGAGAAAGAUCUUGUCUGGCGAUUCCGAUAUUACUUAACCCGCGAGAAGAGAGCUCUCACCAAGUUCGUCAAGUCGGUCAACUGGAGGGAUGUUGGUGAAGCGCAUCAGGCCGUUGAAAUACUGCCCAAAUGGACCGAAAUUGACGUCGAUGAUGCCCUUGAGCUUCUUGGACCGACUUUCGAUAAUCCUGCAGUUCGUUCUUAUGCUGUUGAAAGGCUUCGCAAGGCUGACGAUGAAGAACUACUUCUCUAUCUUCUACAGCUUGUGCAGGCGCUGAAAUAUGAGGACACUUCUAGUAAUGAAGCUGAAGAUGCCGCACACGAUUCGUCUUUGGCCAACUUCCUUAUCGCACGUGCUGCUAACAACUUCAAACUUGGAAACUAUUUGCAUUGGUACCUCAUGGUUGAAUGUGACGAUGCCGGGCCGGGGACAUUAUCGGCGCAACGGAGGCUUUUCGCUCGCGUUGAAUAUUACUUCAUGACCGAGCUAGAGAAAGUCCAUCCAGAACAUCGAAAGACCCUCUUGCGGCAAGGUGAACUGGUUACUGUUCUUACGAAAAUUUCCAAAGACGUUCGGUUUUCCCGUGAGAAUCGGGUCCUCAAGAUCGAGCGGCUAAAGAAGUUCCUGAAGGAUCCCAAGCACGACAUGCUCCACAUCGACCCCCCGCUACCGUUGCCACUGGACCCAGAAGUAUUGGUCACAGGAUGCUACCCCGACGAAGCCAACGUCUUUAAAUCCUCUCUCUCCCCGCUGCAGGUCAUGUUCAAGACCUCGGACGGGCGGAAAUACCCUAUCCUCUUCAAGAUCGGCGACGACCUCCGCCAAGAUCAACUCGUCAUCCAAAUUAUCAUACUGAUGGAUCGCCUCCUCCAAAAGGAGAACCUUGACCUCAAACUAACCCCAUACCGCAUCCUAGCGACGAAUGCUACUGCCGGAGCAGUCCAAUUUAUCCCAUCAGCCUCCCUCUCCGCAAUCUCGGCAAAAUACAAAUCCGUCCUGGCGUAUCUUAAAGACAACAACCCCGACGACAGCGAACCCCUCGGUGUCCGCAAAGAAACCAUGGACACAUACAUCAAAUCUUGCGCGGGGUAUUGUGUGAUCACCUAUCUCCUUGGAGUCGGCGACAGACACCUGGAGAACCUCCUUCUCGCCCCCGACGGCCAUUUCUUCCACGCUGAUUUCGGCUUCAUCCUCGGCCGAGACCCUAAGCCGUUUGCGCCCAUGAUGAAGUUAUGUAAAGAAAUGGUCGAGGGCAUGGGCGGAACCACAUCCCCACUCUAUCUCCAGUUCAAACAGUACUGCUUCACGGCGUACACCACCCUACGCAAAUCAGCCAAUCUCAUCCUCAAUUUGUUCAGUCUAAUGGUCGAUGCUAAUAUCCCUGACAUCCGAGUUGAACCAGACAAAGCCGUCCUCAAGGUCAAAGAGCGUUUCCAUCUAGAAAUGACCGAAGAAGAAGCGAUUCGUCACUUUGAACAGCUGAUCAGCGAUAGCGUGAACGCCAUUUUCGGUGUCGUCAUUGAUCGCUUACACGAGUUUGUGCAAGGGUGGAGGGCCUAGUCGUCAAAUUUGUUCGGGUUUACAUCCAUGAUAUCAACCAAUCUUAUGGGACCAUGGAGCAGGUACUGACAGGAGUUUCGUGGCGCAGAAUCAAGUGUAUGGUUGAUACCCUACUUCAAAGUUGAUACUCGUCUAUGUUAAUAACAAGGAAUAGAUCUAUAGACAUG